GCGCGGACCAGAAAGGGCUCAGCUGUGAGCACGGGCGUUGGCCACUUUUUCGCAAGUUUUUAUUUAUUUUUAACUCAAAAAGAAAUUCCAUUUCGAAUAAUCGUGAACGAAAUAACCGAAAAGAAGUCUUCAGCUUCCAAGAAAGACGUAAGGAGUGAACCCAACUAAAUAUUCGCGAAAGUGUAAACUGAAGUAACAAGAUGUCUCGCAUCCGUGUUGCUGUCAUUGGUGCUGGGCCUGCAGGUUUGUGCGCUGCUCGCCAUCUUGCUGCUGACAGCGCCCAUUUUGAAUUUCAAGUGUUUGAACAAGCGGGAGAAGUUGGCGGCACGUGGUGUUACACGGAGUUUACGGAAACUGAUGAAUAUGGCGUCCCUAUACAUUCCAGCAUGUAUAGAAACCUAAAGACGAAUAUUCCUAAGGAAAUAAUGCCGUUUCCUGAUUUUCCAUUUCACGAGACAGAAACCUCUUUCGUGCAUCACACCGAAGUUCUCAAGUACCUCAAAGGAUACGCUGAGCAUCGCGACUUAUACAAACACAUCAGACUUCGAACUGUCGUAAAUAAGGUGACACCCGUUCCUGUUGACGGUGGGAGAACGUCGUGGUCAGUCUCGAUUCAAGACCUGGAGACGAAGAAGCGAGAGGAACUGGAAUUUGAUGCUGUGAUGGUCUGCAAUGGGCAUUACUGUGCACCGUACAUACCAGAAAUUGAGGGAAUCGACGAAUUCAGAGGAUCGAUCCAACACAGCAAAGCCUACCGAUCGCCCGAAGCGUUCAGAAAUCUCCGCGUCGUUGUCCUAGGAGCGGCCUCCUCUGGGGCAGACAUCGGGAUGGAGUUGUCGGAGGUAGCGGGCGAGGUUUAUAUUAGCCAUAAUUUACCCGAACCUCUGUUGUACUUACCAUCAAACGUAAAACAAGUACCAGGAAUCAAAUCGGCCUCCAGGGAAGGAUUCACUUUCCACGAUGAUUCCACUGCAGAAGCUGACGCUCUGAUUUAUUGCACAGGCUACAGGUUCGAGUUCCCUUUUCUGACUCCGGAGUGCAAGGUUCGAACUGAGGGCCGCCGAGUCAUGCCCCUCUACAAGCACCUGAUUCACACCGAACUUCCGAGUAUUUGUUUCGUGGGUUUGCCCUUCAAGGUUCUACCUUUCCCGCUGUUCCAUUUUCAGAUACAAUAUUUUAUGAGGACCUUGGAUGGUUCCAUCAAACUGCCCAGUAAGGAAGAAAUGGACGAGGAGGCGGACAGGGAUUUUCAGAAACGACUUGCCUUGGAUAUGCCUCCGUCUUGCGCACACGAAAUGGGAUCUUUGCAGUGGGACUAUUUCGCAGAGUUGGCCGACUGCAUUGGACUCAAAAGGCUUCCACCCGUGGUGAGAAUGGUGUACGAUUUUGUGGCUGACCGGAGAAAGGAGGACCUCGUGCACUAUAAAACUGAGAGCUACACCGUGUUAGACCACGGACAUUUCGAGAAUAAACACGUGUCGCCUUGAGAAUCGAGCGAAGGCAAACGAAAUUAACUUUUGCGAAAUGCAGAAACAGAUAUAUGCCCUGUAUUUGUACUGUCAGCGAAAUCCGAAGGGGUCCAUAUUUAUUACGUCUUAUCAUAAGUACUCCUGCGAUUAAUAUUUGCUUUGAGAUAGAAAAAUAUAGACCAUCCUCCUUUCACGAAAAUUACAAAAUUUGUUAUGAAAUGGGAGAAAUUUUAACUAGGUUUUAAAUAAAAUAAUAAAAAGCCCAUUAAUAUUAUACGCCCUAGCCCAUUUUCAUCCGUCACGAAUAUGUAACGGUUGAUUCGGAACCUUGCUGAUACCUUAUCUUCACUCAAAACGAGCCGCUUAAUAACCACCCCGGUGAACGUCUCUUGGGUUUCGUGGACUGGAUUCGCGCGGAGUCCGCUGGCCGUUGUACAUCCCGAAGAACGGAGACAGAUCGUGACUCGUGCCCGCCACUGCCGACCAAAUACGGGGGCCGUGCAAGCGAUUCGAGGGUAUAGCUCGAGGCUACGGGUACAGGACAUGGGAAAUUCGUAAAUGUUCGUGAUUCUGAGCUAAUAUUGAAUGAUUUUGGAAAAUAAAAACUUUUGAAAAAUUGCUCAAUUCCUUAUACGCGGGAGCAUAGAUUAUUAUGCUGUGCGAAUGUGUGAAAGGUUAUCUACAAAAGAAAAUCUGAAGGAAGUACAAAAUAAACUGGCCUCCAUAUUAAUAUUUUAAAAUGUUAUCUCACUAUGAUAUUUUAUUGCAUAUAUACAACAUCUCUUGCCAGGUGUAAGUACAGUCUGAGCACAGCAAAAGAAUGUCACGCACAAUACCAACAUACACAAAAUGAAACAUUCAUUUUCGUGAAUAUUUUUAAGUGUUCAACGAAAUCCUUUAUUCAGAAUCGUAUGCGCUUACAACUACGUGUUGGUAUCUUAUGUACAAUAUCAUUUAUAUUACAGUAUGUACAAAAAUAAAUUACACUGUUAUACAAA